AUGCCCUUUGGUCUGAGGAACGCCACUCAAACCUUUCAGCGAUUCAUUGAUCACGUUCUGCGAGGUCUCGACUUCGUCUACGCCUACAUUGAUGAUUUGCUGGUGGCUAAUUCUGACGCUGCUGAAUACGAGAUUCAUCUUCGACAGCUCUUCGAACGGCUCGACUCCUACGGCGUUAUCAUCAAUGCCGCCAAAUGUGAGUUUGGAGUCCCCAGUCUUAUCUUCCUUGGUCACGAAGUGAACUCAGAUGGGAUAAAGCCCGUCCCGGAAAAAGUUUCGGCCAUAUCAACGUUCUCCGUCCCGACAACCAUCAGCCAACUACGCCGAUUCUUAGGGAUGGUGAACUACUAUCACCGUUUUCUUCCCCAUGGUGCCACCAUACUGCAGCCUCUCAACAGCUUGCUGGCCCACUCCAAGAAGACACUAGUGAUGACCGAGGAGGCCGUCAGGUCCUUCAAUGACGUUAAGGCCGCACGUGCGGACGCAACACUACUAGCCCACCCCCGCGCUGAUGCCCAACUAACUCUCAUGACAGAUGUUUCCAGCACUGCCGUUGGUGCAUCACUUCAGCAAACUGUUAGUGGUGUUCUACAGCCUCUGGCUUUCUUCUCGAAGAAGCUCAGCCCAGCAGAGACCCGCUACAGUGUCUUCGGCUGCGAACUCCUUGCCGUCUAUCUAUCCAUCCGGCACUUCCGCCAUUUCCUCGAGGGUCGUGAAUUUGUUGUUCUAACAGAUCACAAGCCACUCGUUUUUGCACUGAGGGCCUCUCCCGAUCGAUACUCGACCCGUGAAAUCCGUCAUCUUGACUUCAUCUCACAGUUUUCCUGCGACAUUCAACAUGUCCACGGUAAGGAAAAUGUGGUUGCUGAUGCUCUUUCAAGACUCGAGAUGGCCUCCAUCACAACAGACGCCAUAGACUUCACGCUCAUGGCUGAGGCUCAGCGAUCGGAUGACGAGCUCUGCCAAUACCGCCACGAGAACUCUUCUUUACGCCUUCAAGAGGUCCCCCUUCCCACUGGCACAGGCACCAUCACGUGUGACCUUUCUACCGGACACGAACGUCCUUUCGUUCCAGCAACUUUACGACGACGAGUGUUCAACGCUCUUCACAAUCUAUCCAACCCUGGAGUCCGGGCGACAGUGAAACUCAUCACUGACCGAUUCGUCUGGCCCAACAUCAACCGGGAUGUACGGCGUUGGACCCGCUCCUGUCUACCAUGUCAACGAGCCAAAACGCAUCGACAUACUAUUACUCCGCCAUGA